AUGGAUGUGUCGAACUUUGAAAUCGAUGCUAAGCUUUUAGAACAAUUUAGUUGUUUGGGAACUGAUGACAAAGAUGACUUGAUUAGAGCUUUUAGCUGUGUGGUCGGUAGCAGCGUUCCUGCCAAUAUUAGUCGUUUCUUUCUUGAGCUAGCCAACUGGAAUCUGCAGAAGGCGAUUGGCGCUUACUUUGACUUUAGCUUUGAAACAACUCCGGCGUGUCCUACGACGUCUUCGGUUGCCGAAGCUGCAUCUCCUCCCCAAAACAAUUUAUACGAUGCUAAAUUUUUCCCUUCCUCUAAUUAUGGAGUUAAACACACACCGUGCCUUAUAUGGUGUAUUCAGAAUUGUGGCACGGCUGCAUGGCCUGGAGGUACCUACGUAAGAGUUGAAACUGAUCCGACCGUUGCUCCGAAAACCACCUGUGAUAAUUCCUGCAUGGUGUGGCUUCCAUUGCCCCCUGAAUCUCGGACGCUCAUUGCUGAACUGUCUCCUGGGGAUUUUUGUCAUGUCCUCCUGAAUUUACAGCCUCCAUCUGAGGCCGUUUGCAUGAGAGCCUUGUCGGCAAACAUCCCCAUUGUUAGUGCUUUUAGUCUCUGCCUACCCAACGGAAACCGAUUUGGUGAACCGCUUUACUGUACUGCGAUUCCAGACAUUGCAUCCCGUUCAAUCGUGUUCCGGGUGGGAACUCCUGAUACGCCUUUUCCUCCCCCCGAGCCAUCGUGUCCUGUCAAAGAGGAAGCUCGUGAUUUCGUGAAGCGUGGUCUAAGAUCAAAUAUCCAGAGCUUUGUUUGUUGGCACAUUUAUGGUCUCAUUAUGAAAUCGGAUCGAAAAUACGAUGAGGCCAUCCGAUGCUACAUCCAAGCUCUUAAGCUGGACAAAAAUAACCUUCAAGUGCUUCGCGACCUCUCUGUUCUCCAGAUUCAUACGCGUGAUAUCGAUGGCUGCUUAGAAACACGCAACAAGCUGCUAACUCAGCGUCCGAAUCAGAAAGCUUCGUGGGUCGGUUACGCUGUGGUCCAGCACUUACGCGGCAAUUAUGACGCCGCGGCUACGAUUAUUUACGAGUUUCUUAAAGUGCAGACAUCGGUUGAACCAUACAAUUAUGAACACAGUGAACUUCUUAUUUAUUAUGUUACUAUCUUAAAUGAAAGCGGGAGGUAUGAGGAGGCCCUUAAUUUCAUGGAAUCUCAUGCCAAGGAAAUUGUUGACAAGGUUUCUUAUUUGGAAAUUCAUGCUGAUCUUCUUCUCAAAUUGGAGCGGUUCGACGAUGCCGAGAAGGACGUGUGGCUGCUUUUUGAGCGCAAUCCGGACUGCAAACCUUAUUAUGAACUGCUUUACCAAAUUUACGAAGCUCGGUCGAAGUGUGAAAUGGAGCCCUCAGUAAAGCGUCAGUUACUUGAUAAGUGUGUGAAGCAAUUUCCCUCAGCCCGUCUACCAAAGCUGCUUUUCUUGGAAACCUUGAGCGGUGAUGAGUUUAUCUUUCAUGUCGAUGUGUUUCUGCGCAAUAAUCUUCGCAAAGGCGUUCCCACACUCUUUGUUCAAGUAAAGCGUUUCUACAACUCAGAGGAAAAGCGAAGUAUUCUUGAAAAUCUGUUCUUAACGUACCGUAAAAACUUGGACGAUCACGCAAUGCUUGGUCCAGUAGCUUAUGGGAAAUUGGAGGCCACAAACUCCGAUGAUGAACUUUUCGAGCCGCCUUCCACGUCACUUUGGCUCAACUACCUUCUAGCUCAGCAUUAUAACUACAUGAGGCAGACUCAGAAAGCUUUAGAUGUGGUCUCAGAGGAGCUCAAGCGAAAUCCCACAAUUGUGGACUUGUACGUGCUGAAGGCAGAGAUCUAUCGCGACGCCGGUGAUGUUAUAACUGCCUGUCGUUGGAUGGAUGAGGCGCAGUCCCUUGACACGGCGGAUCGCUUCCUUAAUGCUCAAUGUACAAAGUUUAUGAUUCAGGCGCACCGAAUCGAAGACGCCGACCAGAUGGCGUCAAAGUUCACCCGUGGUAGCUCCACGGCCACCCAAUAUCUCACCGAAAUGCAAUGCAUGUGGUUCCUCAUCGAAAACGCGCGUUCUUACUGGGCUAUGCAAAAGUACGGCGAGGCGUUGAAACUGUGCCACGAAAUCGAUAGGGCUUACUCCACCAUUCUUGAAGACCAGCUCGACUUCCACUCGUACUGUCUGCGCAAGGGUACCUUGAGGUCGUAUGUUGAAACCAUUCGGCUGGAGGAUCGUCUUCGUGAUCAUCCUGCGUAUUUUGACGCGGCCUCUCUGGCGAUCGAAAUUUACUUGUACCUGCACGCGAAUCCGCUGGGUGACGAGCCGGAUGAAAAUAAUCAACCAAACGCCGAUCUCUCGUCGUCGGAGUUGAAGAAGUUGCGUAAUAAGCAGCGACGAGCCGAGCGCCGUGCCGAGGCCAAUCGAGAAGAGGACAAGAAGAGGGAGCAACAGCAAAAUCAACAGCAUCGUAAUCGGGAGAAGGUGGAGGACCCGGAAAAUCGACCGCCCGAGGUGGAGGAAUUGGUUCCGCGCAAAUUGGCCCGACCCGCGGAUGCUCUGACGGAGGCUGCACGCUUCCUACAACCCCUAAUCGACCUCUCCUCUAGUCGAAUCGAGACCCAUUGUCUCGCCUAUGAGAUCUACGAACGCAAAGGCAAGUACCUGCUAAUGACUCGUUCGAUCCGUCGGGGGUUGGCGAUGCCGGGGGCACGGGAUCACCCCUGGUUCAAUGAGUGCGUCUGCCGAUUCCUCAGUCAGAUGGCCCAGUUAAAACGCGAGACUGGCAACCUCGUGCAGGACAUCCUCAUGGAAGAGGCGCGAGCCGCCUUCGGCGUCGACGCCGAUCUGCCCAGUGCUCUCGAAUACAACGAAGAUUUCAUCAAACGCAACUCCAAGUCUUUCUUGCACGUGUUUAGAGGUACUCUGACCAAAGCUGUAAUCGACCCCAAGUCGUCGCUUGAGCAUCUCAAGAAACUACCUUCACCAUCCUGUCGUGACUUUGGUGAAGUUUCUUGGCAGAUACUGUUGGAAGCCUUGAAGCUUCUCAGGACCUAUUCUAGCCUCAAACUAGCACCGGUGACACCAGAACUGAUCGACAAACACCGCGCCGAAUGUGCCGCCCUGUAUCCCCUUGCUGCCGUGUUCUUCUCCGACGCUGACUUGGAUGAGCAUCGUAAAGCUGUCAUCGCCGAACUCGCUGACACCAGGCCGACCGGCGGUGGUGGCACUCCAGUGCCCAACACCGGCGACGUCAACGCCGUCACCGAGAAGUUGGAGUCGGUGUCGUUGCACAACGAUGGCACUGCGAAGCCCGAGAAGGCCGCACCCAUGGUGAACGGCCACGUGGCCACGGGCAAGAAGGCGUCACGCAACAGACGGAAAAAGGACGUCAACAGCGGGCAGAAUCCGGCGGCGAUUGCCGCGGCGAGGGCCUAG